UGACGCUCAUUCUUUUCUUGUGCGUGGUAACAGUCGCACGCGCGCUCAGCAUAAUGCCAAAAUACAAGAGCAAGAUACGGAAAAUUGAAAGUCAAGAAAAAGUGCGGCGAAGAAUCAUAUCUCCAAUAGAUUCGUCGUCCGACGAAGAUGAUACCGGACCGAACCAAUCCUGCCGUGAUUCAAACUCGAAAUCGCCAGAAAUUACAUCAGGCUAUAUACAAGAAGCGCGGCUGGUACCUGCCAACCCCAAUCAAAAUCAAGAUUUAGAUGCACCUAGCUUGCGAGAGGUCGCCGCCGCUAAUGCCACGCCUGAUUUGGACCCGGAAAUAAUAGCUGCUCUCGGAGACUCCACGUCCGACGCUCCCGAUUACGGUGAAAAUAUUCAUGACAAUUUAGCGAAGUUGUGGCUUCCUUUGUUAAAGAAAGGCAUUCACAAAGACAUUAAAGACAAAUUGUUAAAAGACUACCUAGCUCCAGACAACUGUAUACUCUUGCAAGCGCCCAAGCUGAAUGCGGAGAUUUCCGCUGCUGUACCGGACAUGGUGCGAUCUCGUGAUAAAAUCCUCUUUAUGUCGCAGCAACAGCUGGGUUCGGGUAUCACGGCCAUCAAUAUGGGCAUGCAGUCGCUCCUACAAAGUGACGACAAAGUGAAGGACCUAAAACAUUUGAGCGACGCUUGCCAGCUGCUGUGCGACUCGCAUCAUGGAUCAUCUCAAAGUAGAAUAAAAUUGCUAAGUUCUAGUCUUGAUAAAUCUAUUUUACAAAUAGUAAACGAGUCAGAGCGAGACGAGACAUUAUUCGGCACAACCUUGUCGGAAAAGAUUAAGGCAGCUAAAGCUAUCGAGAAGCAAGGUCUUUCUAUCAAAAAACGUGCUAAAUCACCUAAAUUAACUGCCCGUGCCCAGACAUCUAGGACCGACCGGCCUUCAACUUCCUACCAGGGAAACUGGCAUGCGCCACCCCGCUACCAGGCGAACAGGGGGGGGCGCGGAGUAUACAGGAGACCAACGGUCUUAUCAGCUCGCCGCCCUUACACAACACCAGCGCAGCCGCCACAGCGAACUGCGGCCCUGGACAAGCCUCGUGUCCUAGCGCAGAGUCGCCACUAGCACAGACACCAUCAUCCCUUACACAAGAGUCUUACCCUGGCUGCCGCGAGGCUCUGCGGCUGUCGUUCAUCCGGAAAGGCGCCUGUACGGAAUCAUCUAGACUGAUGUUGGCCUCGCUCUCUGGCAGUACUAUUAAACAAUAUAACACUUCAUUGAAGCUAUGGUGGCAAUAUUGUAAUGUACGUAAAAUUGAUGUUUUUGACCCCCCUAAAACUUCCAUACUUAGCUUCCUUACAACACAAUUUAACAGUGGUUGUGCGUAUGGCAGUCUAAAUUCUCACCGGUCAGCCUUAUCAGCAUUUAUAGGCAAUAAUGUUGGUUCCGACGAAUGCGUGAAACGCCUUCUUAAAGGGGCAUAUAGAUCAAGGCCCAUUAGACCAAAAUAUUCUAGUACCUGGGACCCUCAAGUGGUUUUAAAUCUAAUUGCUACAUGGUUUCCUAAUACUGAUCUCUCCCUGGAAAAAAUUACAAAAAAAACUUGCUAUUUCUUUGGCACUCUGUACCGCCCACAGGGUUCAGACGCUAUCCUUAAUCAGAUUAAAUAACAUAUCGUUCUCAGAGAACGGUGUCAAAAUAAUAAUAACAGACAUCAUUAAAACAUCUGCUCCGGGGAGAGAUCAGCCUGUACUAUUUUUGCCAUACUUCUCAGAAAACUUAAACAUAUGCCCAGCUACCGUUCUCUCAGAUUAUAUCUCUAAAACUAGAGAUUUAAGAUCUGAGGGAACUGGUAGAUUAUUAAUAACGUACAAGCGUCCCCAUACAGCGGCUACAACGCAGACCAUCAGUAGAUGGAUUAAGCAAGUACUGUCAGAGAGUGGCGUGGAUAUCAGUGCAUUCGGUGCGCACAGCACCCGCCACGCCUCUACUUCAGCCGCGAGCGCCGCUGGUGUUAGUAUCGAAACCAUUCGAAAGACUGCGGGUUGGUCAAGAUCGUCCCUCUCUUUCGCCCGAUUCUAUAACAGAAUGGUCAUGGACGAAACGGAAUUCGCCAGAUCAAUAUUCUUAAGAACCUAAUAUUGUCGAACUUUUGAUUUAUUGUAUUUUAUAUGAUUGUUUGAGAAUUGUAACUUGAUUAUAAGUAAUAAAAAUCAUAAUUA